AUGCCAGGACGGGCAUCUCUCCAUCUUGCCAGCGUACGAGGCCGUCAGCUACCCUCAGCUGGGUUAGCCGGCCUGUCGUCUCAGUGUCGCUGCUGUCGCAAUGCAAGCGGCUACUUGGAGCCACAGAUGAGAGCCAAGUGUCCAGCGGGGGCCAAAAGCACAUUGUGCUGGACGCUGGCGGUGUGUGUGCUGGGAUCAGCAGUGGCUCCCGAGACCACGAGGCAGCUAAUCACUCGCACCCUGAGGUUGACCACCUUCCUCAAAAAUGACUCGACCGAACUGCGCAAGAUCUAUCUCCAACAGAUGGGGAGCCCUUUCUCCGACCCAGAAUUUUCGCUGCCCAGACGACACCUGGAGGGCGUGCCAGAUGCCGAGAUCCCGAUUCUGACCUGGUUCAACCUCAGCGCCCAGGAGCGGCUGGGUGCCGACCUGGGGGCACUUUCCAUCCUGCUGAAGCUGCUGGAGGUGAUGGCUGAGGACCUGAUGGUGCUAGGGGACUCUUCCUCCCCCCCGGGGAAGCUGCUAGGACAGCUGAAUGCCCAUCGCUCCAACGUGAAUGGUCUGGUAACUGGGCUGUGCAAACUGCUCUCUGCUCUGGGCUACACACCCCCCACCCUCCCCCUACCCCUCGCCACUCCCUCCUGCGAGACCUCGGCCUUCGAGUGCAAGGUGCGGGGUUACCUGAUCUGCCGGAAUUACAUGGGCUGGCUGGCAAGGACAGAGCGAGACCUCGGCCUGCUGUCCCACUCUGUCUCCUCUGCCUGA